AUGGCGUCGUCGUCGUCCAACCAGCCCAAUGCUACCCUCUACGUCAACAAUCUCAACGACAAGGUCAACAAGGAUGAGCUGCGCACCCAGCUCUUUGCUCUUUUCACGACAUACGGCAAACUCGUCGACAUAGUCGCGUCGAAAAGCCCAGCGAUGCGAGGUCAGGCCUUUCUUGUCUUCACCGACCUGGCGGGAGCGACUGCAGCCUUACGUGCAUGCGAGGGCAUGAUGUUCUACGACAAACCCAUGCACAUCGACUAUGCCAAAACCAAAUCGUAUGCGACUCUCCGGAGAGAAGACCCUGACUUUGUACCACCAAAAUCUGCAAAUGCUAGUGCAUUCGUCAAUGGAGACAAAAAGCGGCGCAGGGACACAGAGGCAGCAGAGGAGCCUAAUGCGAAACGGGAUAAAGCCGAGGAUCAAGAUGACGAGGAGAUGGAGAUAGACGACGACGACGAUGACGAGGCCCCUCCACGGCCUACCUUUUCUUCGGCUGCACUUCCCCCUCAAGUCGACCAGCCUUCAGCGCGACUACUGUGUACGAAUCUUCCGCAGGAAGUGACAGACGAUGUACUUGCAGUGCUAUUCCAACAAUACCGAGGCUUCCAAGCCACACAGGUUACCCAAUCACCGACGCCCAAUGCGGAUGGCGCGAAAGUAAAACUCGCACAGGUACUAUUCGAGACAGCCGAGCUGGCGACUGUGGCCAGGAACGCUCUCGACGGGUUCAGCUUGAAGAAGGGGUGGAAAAUGUCGGUGGCGUAUAUCUAA